AUGUACCUGCCACCAACUGCCCUCAACAUGAUGGGAAUUUGCGCAUGUCCACUCUGGCAGAAUGUCUAUGUGUGUAAUGAUUGCGUAUUUGUCAACAUCAAUCCAGAGCUUGAAGGAAUUGAAGGGCUUGAAGUCACCAGGGUUAAAUGUUUUUUUUUUUCAUUCAAAUUUAAUUGGGUCAUGUAUCCAUGUGCCCUUGUUCAAUGGUUUGACAAGGUUGGUGACCAUGCUGAUGAGGACACCAGCAUGUGGAUAGUCUGUCUGAGCACUCAUGACAAUGGCACCCCGAACCUCGCCAUCAUUCAUCUCAAGACAUACCUUCAUUCUUACGAUGCUUUCAGCACAUACUAUGUUAACAAAUUCACAGAUCACCAUGCCUUCGAGAUAGCAUCAUAA